AUGGACUGCUUUUCCAAGACGGACUGCUUUUCCAAGACGUACUGCUUUUCCAAGACGGACUGCCUUUCCAAGACGGACUGCCUUUCCAUGACGGACUGCCUUUCCAAGACGGACUGCCUUACCAAGACGGACUGCCUUUCCAAGACGGACUGCCUUACCAAGACGGACUGCCUUUCCAAGAAGGACUGCCUUUCCAAGACGGACUGCCUUACCAAGACGGACUGCCUUUCCAAGACGGACUGCCUUUUCAAGAGGGACUGCCUUACCAAGAUGGACUACCUUUCCAAGACGGACUGCCUUUCCAAGACGGACUGCCUUACCAAGACGGACUGCCUUACCAAGACGGACUGCCUUUCCAAGACGGACUGCCUUUCCAAGACGGACUGCCUUUCCAAGAUGGACAAGACUGGGGCCUACCAGCCAAAAGGACUUAUCGCCUCGAAGGUCAUCAAGGGACUGCCGUCAGUCUCAGGACCAUCCUUUCCCCCAUCCCUGGGUGUGGAUGAUGCAGCCAGUGGCCUGCAGUACCUCGUCUACUUGUGA